CCCAUCUUGCCCUUGCCCUAUCACAUUAAAUCCUCCGUGACACGUACUAGCAGCGUUGUCGGGCGGUGAGUUGUCUUGGUGCAGUAAAGUGCCGAUGUGGAGCAAAGUCUAAGGGUCCACUAGCGUCAACAACUGCUAGAGCGCGGGGCUAUCUCUCCCACUUUUCCCUCGACGUUUGUUUCUUCAUCCUCCUCUCACCCCUCUCCCUCUCUAUACCCCCAAUCCAUCACAAUAAACCGCCAGAAUGUCUGCCCCCGCCCACAAGUUCAAGGUUGCUGACAUCAGUCUUGCGGCGUUCGGUCGCCGCGAGAUUGAGCUCGCCGAGAACGAGAUGCCUGGUCUGAUGGAGACUCGCCGCAAGUACGCUGAGGACCAGCCAUUGAAGGGCGCCCGCAUUGCUGGAUGUCUUCACAUGACCAUCCAGACUGCUGUCCUCAUCGAGACCCUCAAGUCCCUCGGUGCUGAGCUCACCUGGACCUCCUGCAACAUCUUCUCCACCCAGGACCACGCUGCCGCCGCCAUUGCCGCCGCCGGCGUACCUGUCUUCGCCUGGAAGGGCGAGACCGAGGAGGAAUACGAGUGGUGCCUUGAGCAGCAACUCACAGCUUUCAAGGACGGCAAGAGCCUGAACUUGAUCCUCGACGACGGUGGUGACCUCACUGCUCUCGUCCACAAGAAGUACCCUGAGAUGCUCAAGGACUGCUACGGUGUCUCCGAGGAGACCACCACUGGUGUCCACCACCUUUACCGCAUGUUGAAGGGCAAGGGUCUCCUCGUCCCCGCCAUCAACGUCAACGACUCCGUCACCAAGUCCAAGUUCGACAACUUGUACGGUUGCCGUGAGUCGCUCGUCGACGGUAUCAAGCGUGCCACCGAUGUCAUGAUUGCUGGCAAGGUCGCCGUCGUUGCUGGUUUCGGUGACGUCGGUAAGGGUUGCGCCCAGGCUCUCCACAGCAUGGGUGCUCGUGUCAUCGUCACCGAGAUCGACCCCAUCAACGCCCUCCAGGCUGCCGUUUCCGGCUUCCAGGUUACCACCAUGGAGAAGGCUGCUUCUCAGGGUCAGAUCUUCGUCACCACCACUGGUUGCCGUGACAUCCUGACUGGUGUCCACUUCGAGGCUAUGCCCAACGAUGCCAUUGUCUGCAACAUCGGUCACUUCGAUAUCGAAAUCGACGUUGCGUGGCUCAAGAAGAACGCCAAGUCCGUCACCAGCAUCAAGCCCCAGGUCGACCGCUACCUGAUGAACAACGGCCGUUACAUCAUCCUCCUUGCCGAGGGUCGUCUCGUUAACCUGGGAUGCGCCACUGGUCACUCUUCAUUCGUCAUGUCCUGCUCUUUCACCAACCAGGUCCUUGCCCAGAUCAUGCUGUACAAGGCCUCUGAUGAGGAGUUCGGCAACAAGUACAUCGAGUUCGGCAAGACUGGUAAGCUCGAUGUUGGUGUCUACGUUCUGCCCAAGAUUCUCGACGAGCAGGUCGCUCUUCUCCACUUGGCACACGUCAACGUUGAGCUCUCCAAGCUCAGCGACGUCCAGGCCGAGUACCUUGGUCUCCCUGUCGAGGGUCCUUUCAAGAGCGACAUCUACCGUUACUAGAUUUCUUAAUAUCCAGCGUUUGGGAAGUUUCAACACGACGUUAUGAACUUCGAUGAUACCACUUCGAAAAGUUGUCUGUCUUCAACGGCAUAGCAUCGGGCCUGGGGCUCGGCGGGGUUUGGUCGUUCAAAAGGCGUUGUUUGCAAUCAUCUACUUGACCCUUCAACCAUGGUCAAUACCGAUGAUGAUACCCUAUGUAAGAGUGAGAUAUGGAUGAGAUAGACUGCGUUCUAUACGCGGCGUAAGAACAAUAACAGGCCACCGACCUUGACGGUGAAUUGAAGAAUGAACAACAACGGCGGGCCUCCAUACCCGCCUCAACAAACACUACUCCUUACUAUGACU